AACUAUGCACCUAUCAUAGAGUUCUUGUGUACCCCCUGCGAUGCAUGUACAGCAAUGAAUUGUCAUACGUAGCACAUAUCGUAGCGGCUGGUUGAUAGAAGAAACUAUUGCACUGUUUGGAAUUAAUCGAUUGUACGAUUAUUUGAAUUUGUCGGGGACAUAGUAAGUUCUCAAACAUGGUGAAGCCAACGGUAUUUUCCGUAGAACAGGACCCUAAAAAGGAUAAGUCGUCGGAUGUUUGCCUUAUCCCUGUAAAGGAGGUGGCGUAUAAAUCAAACUUUGAUGACGACCAACCACUGGUGACGGCCCGGAGUGAAGUCUGCACUUUACAGAGAUGCGCAUGCGCAAUGUUAAUCAUUCUGAUUGGGCUCGGCUGCCUGAUCGGUGCUGGGGUUGGUCUGUACAUUCAUCUUAACAACCAAACAGAACCCACGUUGAUAAUCACAGCAGCUGGUCACCCGUAUGGCAAUGACGCCCUCUAUCCGCCAGACUUCCACAGGCCGUCACACUUCGGUGGUCACGUGGAUCGUCACAUGCCAGACUUUCAUCACGGAUCACGUGAUCGCAUCUUCGAGCCAAUGAGACCACCGCCUCCUCCACCUCGCUUCCCUUACGGUCAUCCUCCAAUCAUGGAACGUCCCUUCGGUAAUGACGGCCUUGAGCCGCCCUUCAGUCACGACGCUCUGGAACCACCCGCCCCGGAAGGGCCCAGGACUCGAUUGCACGAAAGACCGAUGGCUCCACCGGGACCUCUUCCUGGGGGUCCCCCGCGCGGCCGGCGACCCGGAGCAGAAGGUUCCCGUAGGCUUGGACCCGAGUAUGAUCUUCAUCAUGGGGGUCAUGUAGAACAUGAACAUGCACGACGCAGAGGGAAGGUUAAUCGAGCUCACUACCAUAGCAACCUACCGUAAACACACCCAAACUACCGUACACACAAAACAUUUGAUCACCAUGACUAUUUUUUCUGAACGUUGAGGACUUUCCAUGAACGUCACAGAGCAAGGAACGCCACUGCUAACAUCAACUCCGGCAAGUGACGCCAUGACGCUAACAUUCAUCUACACUCUUACAAAAGGUUUGGUCAAAACGACCAUUCUCCUGGAUAUCAAGGUGUCCGACCAAUAAAUUGUUAGAAAUCAACCUAUUGCUGGUACAUUGUAACCAUUCAUUGCUUGAUAUUGACCAUUUCUUUCUCGGUCGGACAUAUUAAUAUCAACCAAAAGAUUCGUCGUUUUGAGCAAAAUCAACCAAUUUUUGGUACAUUAUAACCAUUGGUUGGUGGAUUUUGACAUUUUUUUAUCGGUCGGACAUAAUAUUAACCAAGAGAAUCGUUGUUUAGACCAAUCUUUUAUUUAGAGUGUUUAGUUAAUCCCUUAUUGCGGCAUUCGACUUUGGAUAAAGCAAGAAGAUUAGUUAGUACGAGAAUUCGAGAAGAAAAUAUAUUGUGUCGAUUGUCAAGAAUGAUUACAGACAGAGAGAUCUAGCUCUACUCAGGUCAAGUAGAAGACAAGAUAUUAGAUAUGUGCAAGUCGACAUAUUUAAAGAAAAAAACACGCAGUUUGUAGGAUCCUCGUUCCAACAGACUGGGGACAGUUUCAUCAUCACUUUUAUUCAACAAGUUGUUGAAUAGACACCUUCCUUGAUUUUGGUUGGCUGAGAAGCACUCAGA